AUGAGCUCCAAUCUGUUCAUUCUACUCCUUCUCGGAGGCUGCUUCUACAAUUUUUUUUAUACGAGAAGAACACAUGUGCACGAUGAAGAGAGCAGCAGUGAUGAGGAUGACUAUGAUAAUUUCUUCAAAGAAGAAAACAGCGAAGAAACUCACCUGAGACGUUUCUCAGAUACUGGUCCCGUGAAUUUUAAUGUGUUUGAGGAUGUGCCGGACGCAACAAAUAAAUCUAUUGCUGAAUACGAAAAGAUUGAACCCGACGAAAUUUGCAUGCUCCAAUACGGAAAGUGCCCACAAGGAAACUGGAGAAUGUUCAGAAGACAAAACGAAACGGUUUGCUUGAAAGUCAUGAAUGGGUGUCAUUAUGGUACACCAUUGAGAAAAAAUGCAGCUGAAAAAUAUUGUCGAGAGGAAGCAGACGGACGUCUCAUGGCAAUAUCCAGCCAUGAAGAACGGGAGUGGUUGCACACGCUCGGUAUUAUAUUUCACAACGAUGCACCCUUGCUUAUUGCUGGACACCGCAAUCGAGAAUGCAAAUUAAAUCCAAAUCAGAAUCAAGAAUUGUGUAGCAAUAGAACAACGAAAUACCUCGAAGCUGAUGGAACAAAUAAUUACACAUAUCUUUAUUCAUUUGAUAAUUGGCUCGAGGCUGCUGAUGAUGAUUGCGUUGGCUAUCGUCAAACCGAUAUUUCUGUGAAAAGUUUGCUGAUAUCCAGCAAACUAUGCGAUCCAAUACCGGGAGUCAUUCCAAUACAGAUAUAUUCUUGGCUUUGUGGAGUCACGGUCAUGAAAUAAUUUAUUCUUGUUUUGAUAAACUGUUUAAUUA